CGACGGAGCAGCUGCCUCGGCGCCAUGGUUGUCCUGCAACAUGGCACAAAGUGACCAAUCCCGAGGACGCUGUGGGUUCCCGCCCAAUAACAAGGCAUUGACCAAUGAGUUGCGGCGUUUCGGGCCGGACAGGCGGUGUUGGCUGCAAUAAGGUCUCUCCGGAGCCUUCUGUUCUCCAGACUGAACUCCCCAGCUCUCCCAGCCCGUCUCCAGAACAGAGGGGCUCCAGCCCUUGGAGCAGUGAAGGGCCCAGAUGCUGACAACUUCCCAUGACUCUCCCCUCCUCCUCUGCAAACAUCCAAGUGAACCACAGAUCUUAAUACCCAGAGAAGCAGCAGGCGGGUCAGCGUAACAUUGGAGAAAGCACAGAAACAAACUGCAUGUGUUGCAAUUUUAAUUGGAUUAUUGCUACUAGUGCAGCUUUUUUCUUGUAUAUAAGUACUUGACCUACAUUAUUUUUCUUUGCUUUUCUGUAAUUAGAUGUAGAUUUAUUAUGACUUCCAAAUCAGACUGUUAAAAUUUCUAUUAUACUAAAAAUAAGUUUUGGCUUUAAAUGUGUAUGUUAAGUGGUGUGACUGAUAUUCUAUAGGGAAGGGGUUAGGGCAUCCAGAAGGAUCUGGACAGGCCAGAGAGAAGGGCCCAUGCCAACCUCAUGAAGUUCGACAAGGCCAAGUGCAAUCCCCAACACGGGUACGGGCUGAGUGAUGAGUGAAUUGGGAGCAGUCCUGUGGAGAAGGACUUGGGAGUCUUGGGGAAUGAAAAACUGGAUAUGGGCCAGCAAUGUGCACUCCCAGCCAGCUGCAGUCUGAGCUCCAUCAAAAGUAGCACAGGCAGCAAAGCAGCCUAGCCUCUAGUUACCUGCUUUGGGGAAAGGUGUUUCUGCCCACAGUGAGGGCUGUAAUUAGAUGAUUUUUAAGGACUCUUCAACCAAAACUAUUCAACCUUCACUUCUGUGAAGGUCCAUCGGUGGGAAGCACAGAGAGUGUGUGGGCUUAGACAUCCAGCCUACCCACAGCUGCCUCUCGGUGCCUGGUCUCCCCAGCUGCUGGCACCUGGACACGCUGGGCCCUGCGAGGUGCACAGCCCUGCCACAGCCACCAGAACAGAUUCCAUUGCACACAACAACCUGCAGACAGACACGGACACUGGGUGCCCCUUGAGUUCCUGUAAUGGGGUGCUCAGGAUGCAGAGAAACACGGACAGCUCCUAAAAUAGCAGCGAUUUGCUAGAUUAUCUUGCAUCUCCUUUCCAUUCUAAGACUGUUUGUAUCAUUGAAACUUUCUGGUUUGUGGAUCAGCCUCUAAGAAGAUUAACGUUUAUAAUUGGCUUGUGGAAGGUUAGAUCCCUCACGUAACUGACAUUGGUGUUGAGCAUGGACAGGAGCAAACGGGCAGUGCUGUGAGAGCCACAGGAGGAAGAGGAUCAUUCCUGUAGCAUCAUCCUUCUGACCACCGAUACAUAUGGGAAACAACAGCAGCUCCACCGUGGAUGAUCUGCAAGCUGUUGAGAUCCACCACUGGUACAAGAAAUUCAUGACAGAGUGUCCUUCUGGACAGCUGACGGAGCAUGAAUUUAAGCAGUUCUUUGGACUUCGAGGGCUGGAUCCAGAGGCCAAUAAGUACAUUGAGCAGAUGUUCCGUACGUUUGAUAUGAACAAGGAUGGAUAUAUUGAUUUCAUGGAAUACGUGGCUGCCCUCAGCCUCGUUCUCCGAGGGAAGAUGGAGCAGAAAUUGCGGUGGUAUUUCAAGCUCUAUGAUGUAGAUGGCAAUGGCUGCAUUGAUCGACAUGAACUGCUCAACAUCAUCAAGGCUAUUCGAGCUAUUAAUGGUGGUGACCAUGAAACAAGUGCAGAAGAGUUCACCAACCGAGUCUUCAACAGGAUUGAUGUGAACGGCGAUGGUGAACUUUCUCUGGAUGAAUUUGUGGAGGGAGCAAGGAAAGAUGAGGAGUUCAUGGAGGUUAUGAUGAAAAGUUUGGACCUGUCACACAUUGUGGCCAUGAUAAACAACCGUCGGCAUAGUGUAUAAAUCAAGCUGGGAGAAAAUGCUGUGCCAAUAGACAGAAGGGUGUCACAAGGAAGGAGAGACAGCAUUUUUCAAAAGAAAAUUUCCAUAAACAUGAAUAUGGAAGUGGGAACAGAAAGACACUGCUAUAUUUGUGUAUCUGAGUGCAUGUUCCUAUACAAAUACUGAAGCUUAGCCACAUAAAUGCAAGGCAGGUUCAGAAAAACUGAAUCUGGGUGGCAGUAUUUGACUUGUCUUUCUAAAAUUUAAAGGCCAAAUUUCAGGACACAAAUUUCCUUUUUAUUCUGUGUCCCAGAUUAUCAGUUUGAAAUGGACUAAAAGUAACAUCAAGUUUGUGAAGAGCGCUAGCAGAACUGGGUGGUGGAGAGUGGAGGACAUAUUAUGACAUAGAAAAGAAGAAUUUCAAACUGUUAUUAAUGUAGGGAACGAACAAAAGAAUGUAACCUGCACUGUUCUUCUCAUGGUAUUGGUUCAUAAACACCAGCUUGGUUUACCAGCACACCACAUGUGCUUGAAUUUGGUAGUCUCUACAGAAGCAGCUUUAGACAUAAGACCACAAGAACUGAGAGAAAAACCAGUCUGGCAGUGACAAAUCUGCGCUCAGCUGCAGCUCUUUGAGCUUUCUGUGAUCAAAGAAUUCUAGCAAACAAGUCAACAGUUUGGAGCAGCUUCUGUAACCAGAGAAAAUAUGCUACUCAGUUUCCCAAAGUAGAAGAAUUACUUGAGAGAUCAUAUAUUUUAUAUACUCAUGGUCCUACUUAUUCUCCUCUCAUACAACUGAGUUGCUGGGAAUGUUCAAGGCCACACUGAACAAGGCUUGGAGUAACCUGAUUUAGCCCCAUGGCAUGGGGCUGAAGCAAGAUGAUCUUUGAAGUCCCUUCCUACCCAAACCAUUCUGUGACUCUAUAAAUGAAGUAUUUGAAGAUGAUCCUAAUAUUAUUGCCUCACACACCCUUCAUUGGUCAUUCUUCUUGUUCUUGAGGAGACAAUCUAAUUGAAAGAAACAACUCACCAAGGUGACUUGUGAAUUGUGCUGUUAAUGUGAAGGCUGGAGUGAAGCUGAUACUCUGGAUCAGUGCUGCCAUAAAUGACUCUGAUUUUAUACACGAUGGGAAGAGUGAUGCAGCAUGGAUAGAAGCUCAGCAAACUGUGUCUUGUUCGCUGUUCGUUAGAUAAGGUCAUGAUCAGAAGCUCCUUUGAAUCUGGGAAGAGAACCAAAAGGAGAGAAGAAUGCAAGAAAUGUUCAAUGGAGUGCCUAUGCCAUAGCUGGCAUGUUUUUCCUGUGCAGGAGGAAGAAUGUGCAGACCUGUAACAAAACUUUAGAUUGGACUUAUUCUUGCUUAUAUUUAGGCUUCUGUGAUGUUCAUAUGUGUAUGGGUUUGCACGGCAAGGUCCUGGUAGCAGGGAGGCUACAGGAAUGGCUUCUUCUUUGAGAAGCUGAUGGAAGCUUACCCCAUGUCUGGCAAAGACAAUGCCAGCCGGCUCCAGGAUGCCACUGGCCAAGCCUGAGACCUUCAGCCAUGGCAGUAACAUGUCUGGGAUAACAUAUUUAAGAAGGAAAAGUUGUUGGGGAGAAGCAAUUGCAGCCAGAGAAGUGAGGACUGAGAAUAUGUGAGAGAAACAGCUCUGCAGACACCAGAGUCAGCUAAGAAGGAGAGGGAGGAGGUGUUCCAGGUACUGGAGCUGAGAUUUUCCUGCAGCCCAUGAUGCAGGGCGUAAUGAAGCAGAUUGUCCUCCUGGAGCGCAUGGAGGUCUGCAGGAGGGAAGCACAAAUCUACCUGCAGCCUGUGGAAGAGCCCCAUGUUGGAUCAGGUCCUGGAAGGACCUAUGGGUCUGUGGAGAGAAGGUUUCCUGGCAGGACUUGUGACCUCACAGGGGACUCACUUUAAAGCAGUUCCUGAAGGACUGACCCCAGGGAAGGUACCUCACACAGGAGCAACUCGUGAAGAACCACAGCCCAUGAGAAGGACGCAUAUUGGAGAAAUUAAUGGAGAACUGAUCCUGUAGGAGGGAUCUCAUGCUGCAGCAGCACAAGGACUCCUCUUCCUGAGGGGGAAGCAGUGGCAUGAACUGACUGUAACUUCUGUUCUCAUCUUCUUGCACUACUGGUGGGGAGGAGGUAGAGAAUGGGGAAUAAAGUUAA